GCGGGACCCGGCAUCUAGGGGUGGAUCAUGGGGCGGGCAGAGGCUAGGGAUCCGCCCCGGAAGGCGGGGGCGGGGCCGCUGCUGUCUGCCCCGGUACGCGGGCGGCCAGCGCAGACUGCAGCCGCCGCCCGACGAACACCAUGUCUCCUGGCCCACUACGCCCGCUGCCGCGGCUCUUCGUGCUGGGGCUCGGGCUGGCGCUGCUGCGCGCCGCGGCCGGGGAGCGAGCGCCAGGCACCACCCCCUGCUCUCGCGGCAGCUCCUGGAGCGCGGACCUAGACAAGUGCAUGGACUGCGCAUCGUGCCCCACGCGACCGCACAGCGACUUCUGCCUGGGCUGCGCUGCGGCCCCUCCAGCCUCCUUCAGGCUGCUGUGGCCCAUCCUUGGGGGUGCCCUGAGCCUGGCCCUCGUUCUGGGGCUGCUUUCCGGAUUCCUGGUCUGGAGACGGUGCCGCAGGAGAGAAAAGUUUACCACCCCCAUCGAGGAGACCGGCGGGGAGGGCUGUCCUGGCGUGGCCCUGAUCCAGUGACAGUGAGCGCCCCCUGCCAGCAGGAGGCUGCGCCCACUCAUCUUUCAUUCAUUCAUUCUGGAGCCAGCCCCAGCCUCCCAGACACAGCCAGAGCCAGGCUGCUCCAACCACAGGGGUGUGGAGGGAUGGGGGACAGCGAGUCACCUCUCUGAGGCCUGGGUCCAGGCUUCAGAAGGGCCUUCCAAGGUGUCUGACUGCCCUGACUCUGGCUCCAGAAUAGAAAAGGAGACCCUGGCUGGCUCAUGCCAGACAGCUGACACUAAGGAACCACAGCAUUUGCACAAGGGUCCCCCCACCCCCACUAUGGCCUGGGGGCCAGGCUGACCUGAGAGACAGACACAACAUCAGGACCCACCCACUCAGAUGUACUGAAAUUCCACCAGGGGGUCUCAGCCUGGGGGGCUAGGGACCUGUUCCUAACUCUAGGGGGCUGGCCCUCUAGCACGGCUGGCCCUAAGACACUGCCCCUCCAACCCCCAAAAGGGGGGAGAUAUUUAUUUUGGGAAGAAAGUUUGGAGGGGGAGAGAAUUUAUUAAUAAAAGAAUCUUUAAC